AUGUCUCCGAACAACGAGCACCCCACCUCCUCCAACACCCAUCAUGUCACCGCCAGACAAUCCUACGCCCUCCGCGCAGAGAAAGCAACACACCCACUAACCUCCUACCUCCUCCGCCUCAUGACGCUCAAAUCCUCCAACCUCUGCCUCUCCGCCGACGUCUCGACCGCCAACCAACUGCUCUCCCUGGCCAACUCGCUCGGCCCCGCCAUCGUCGUGCUGAAAACCCACUACGACCUCAUCAGCAACUGGGACUACAACCCCUCGACCGGCACCGCCGCGCGCCUCGCCCGCAUCGCGCGCCGCCACGGCUUCCUGAUCUUCGAGGACCGCAAGUUUGGCGAUAUCGGGAACACGGUGCAGCUGCAGUAUACCGAGGGCACGGCCCGGAUCGUCGAGUGGGCGAACAUCACGAAUGUGAAUAUGGUGCCCGGCAAGGCAGCCGUGGAUGCCCUGGCGGAGGCGGGCAGGAAGUGGAGGGAGAGGAAGAGGUAUGAGUUGAAUGUGGGGUUGAGCGCUGAUAGACAAAGGGAGAGAGAUGGGCGGAAAGCGAGUAUCGUGUCCAUCACGACGGUGUCACAGCAUUUCGAGCCGGCGAACUCACCGAGGAGUGGAGGCGAGGAUUUUGGAGAGGAGGUCUUGAGGGGGAUUGAGGAGGCGCCGUUGGAGAGGGGAUUGCUUAUUCUGGCGCAGAUGAGCAGUAAGGGGAACUUUAUGAAUAAGGAGUAUACGGAUGCUUGUGUGGAGAGUGCGAGGGAGAACAGUGAUUUUGUGAUGGGAUUUAUUGCUCAGGAAAGUCUGAACAGACAAGAAGACGAUCAAUUCCUGUGCAUGACACCUGGUUGCCAACUUCCGCCGGCGGAAGACGAGGACGCAGAAGUCAAGGGAGAUGGAAAGGGACAGCAGUACAAUACACCACAAAAGCUCAUUGGACAGAUGGGCGCCGACAUCAUUAUUGUUGGAAGAGGAAUCAUCAAGGCAGCGGAUCCUAUUAUAGAAGCAGAACGAUAUCGACAGAAAGGAUGGGAGGCAUACGAGGAACGGAUAGCUUGAGAUACCCUGUAGGAUACAGCGGGUCUGGAGUUGGUACUUAUGGGCAGCAUCAUGUUGGACGAAAGCAAAAACUGGCGUAGAUACCCUGGAAGGGAACGGGCUUCACUUGCUUCAUGGCGGAUUAUAAAUUUCUUUAAAGGAACAGAUGGCUCGAGGUUCAUGAGCCGUGUAUUAUUACUUUUACUUCUUACACAACAGAGCACAUUUCAUCCUUGCUCCCCUUGAAAUAUUAUAGUGUAAACCCUUGAUUAUAUGUUAAUUGCUUGCUAUUGG